AUGGGUAAAUUUGGCGGUGGCAACGAGAAGGCGCUAGCAGCUCGAGAGCGUAAGAAGGACCAACAGGCUCAGAAGGCUGCCGAUGAGCACAAGCGUAAGGAAGAUGCCUUGUGGAAAGAUGACGAUAAGACCAAAGCCGCUAAGGACGCGAGGACUCGGGCGAAGGAGGAAGCUCACGAUGCUAAGCUGGAAAAAGAUAAGGAAAAAAGGGAACUUCUUAAGGCUGAGGAAGAGGCCUUGAAGAAUGUUGGGAAGUCUAAGAAACAACUGCAGGGCUCCAAAAAAGUCACGCGGCGUGAUAUACAGUCCCACGCGUUGAUGGGGUUGUCGGCCCCUCCGACCAAGAAGAAAUCUCACAAGCCGGCGACGGCGGCCCCUAAGGUCGUCACUGAUGAGCCCUUGCAGGAGAAUAUAAAUCACUUGCUGAGAGCUCAAGCAGAGAGAGGCGUCGAGAUUGUCUCUGGCACUGGAAUCGACAAGGCCCUUGGUGCCCUAGGGGGUGACGCUACUGCUACUGAUGGGCAGGACCGGCAUCCAGAGAAGAGGGCGAAGGCACUCUACGCUGCCUUUGAGGAGCGCAUGAUGGUUGAGAUGAAGGAAGAGUAUCCUGGGCUGAAGCGAUCGCAAUAUAAAGACAAGAUAUUCAAAGAAUGGCAGAAGUCGCCGGAAAAUCCUCUGAGGGAUAUUAAGAAUCAGUAAAAUUACGGAAAGUCAUUUCUCAU